UCUCCCUCUUUUUUCCAAACCCUAGCCUGGACUCCCCAGGGCUCCCCUCCAAGCCUGCACCGGGACCAGGGUCUCCUCCCCUCUGAGGCCCAGGAUGCAUCUGUAGCGUGUUUCUGCAGGCCCUUGUGGCCAAGAAAGGGUGCACUGAGUGAGGUCGCCUGGGCACCCACCGAUGUGCAGCUGUGCACAUGGGUGUAGAAUAUGGGUCCAUUAGGUAGGAGGGGUGAGGGAGCUAGGGCCUCACCGGCUCAGGGCCAGGGAUUCUGGAAAGCAAGAUGCUCGGGGCCCUGUCCCUGCUCACUGCAGGUCUUUUGCCCAUUGCCGAGUCUUCCUGCCUCUCGUUAUGGGAGGGGUCUGCAAUUCCUAUUCCUCCCUUCCUAAGGCAGAUUUUUGGGUCUCUUGGUUGGGAGGGGUUGCAAAGAGCACCUAAUACAACCUGCUGCCCCCUACAGGGUAUCUGGAGCCCCGCCCAUCACUGCCUGUCUAAGGGAGGCAGGCCCAGGGCCACCUGCCCACCCCAAGGAGUGGGGGCCUGGAACCCCCUCCAAGUAGGUGCCCUGCUUCCAGUUAACUCUGCCCAGAGGGUGGGGGCUUCUGGGCAGCCCAGUGCCAUCUCUGCCAACUCACGUGGCUCUGACGCCUUCGCUUCCCUCCUCCCCUCUCCCAGUGCCCCCACCCCUGACUCCCACCCCAAGCUGCCCACCAGCCCCCUUCCCUCCGGUCAGAGCCUGAGCCGACCCAGCCGGCUGUGCCGCGCCGAGCCACCGGCGCCGCUGGGAAGAUGGCCGUGGUGCUACGGUACUUGUGGCCUCUCCUCCUGUGCAGCCCCUGCCUGCUCAUCCAGAUCCCUGAGGAAUUGAUGGAGCCGCCUGUCAUCACAGAACAGUCUCCACGGCGCCUGGUUGUCUUCCCCACAGAUGACAUCAGCCUCAAGUGCGAGGCCAGCGGCAAACCCAAAGUGGAGUUCCGCUGGACUCAUGAUGGCAUCCUCUUCAAACCCACGGAGGAACUGGGCGUGACUGUGCACCAGGAACCCCACUCUGGCUCCUUCACCAUCACGGGCAACAGCAGCAACUUUGCCCAGAGGUUCCAGGGCACCUAUCGCUGCUUUGCCAGCAAUAAGCUGGGCACUGCCAUGUCUCACGAGAUCCAGCUCAUGGCCGAGGGUGCCCCCAAGUGGCCAAAGGAAACAGUGAAACCUGUCGAGGUGGAGGAAGGGGAGUCGGUGAUUCUGCCUUGCCACCCUCCACCCAGUGCAGAGCCACUUCGGAUCUACUGGAUGAACAGCAAGAUCUUGCACAUCAAACAGGAUGAGCGCGUAACAAUGGGCCAGAAUGGCAACCUCUACUUUGCCAACGUGCUCACUUCGGACAACCACUCAGACUAUAUCUGCAAUGCCCACUUCCCUGGCACCCGGACCAUCAUUCAAAAGGAACCCAUUGACCUCCGGGUCAAGGCCACCAACAGCAUGAUCAGCAGGAAGCCACGCCUGCUCUUCCCCACCAACUCCAGCAGCCACCUCGUGGCCUUGCAGGGGCAGCCGUUGAUCCUGGAGUGCAUCGCUGAGGGCUUUCCCACGCCCACCAUCAAGUGGCUGCGCCCAAGUGGCCCCAUGCCAGCCGACCGAGUCACCUACCAGAACCACAACAAGACCCUGCAGCUGCUGAACGUGGGCGAGGAGGAUGACGGCGAGUAUCGCUGCCUGGCUGAGAACUCGCUGGGCAGUGACCGGCAUGCCUACUACGUCACUGUGGAGGCUGCCCCAUACUGGCUGCAAAAGCCCCAGAGCCAUUUGUAUGGGCCAGGAGAGACCGCCCGCCUGGACUGCCAAGUGCAGGGCAGGCCCCAACCAGAGAUCACCUGGAGAAUCAAUGGGAUCCCUGUGGAGGAGCUGGACAAGGACCAGAAGUACCGGAUCCAGCGUGGAGCCCUGAUCCUGAGCAACGUGCAGCCCAGUGACACGAUGGUGACCCAGUGUGAGGCCCGCAACCGGCACGGGCUCCUGCUGGCCAAUGCCUACAUCUAUGUUGUCCAGCUGCCCGCCAAGAUCCUGACCCCAGACAACGAGACAUACAUGGCAGUCGAGGGCAGCACCGCCUACCUUCUGUGCAAGGCCUUUGGAGCCCCUGUGCCCAGUGUCCAGUGGCUGGACAAGGAAGGCAAGACUGUGCUGCAGGACGAGCGCUUCUUCCCCUAUACCAACGGGACCCUGGGCAUCCGAGACCUCCAGGCCAACGACACUGGACACUACUUCUGCCAGGCUGCCAAUGACCAAAAUAAUGCCACCGUUGUGGCUAACCUGCAGGUCAAAGAUGCCACUCAGAUCACGCAGGGGCCCCGGAGUGCAAUCGAGAAGCAAGGCUCAAGAGUGACAUUCACAUGCCAGGCCUCCUUUGACCCCUCCUUGCAGCACAGCAUCACCUGGCGUGGGAAUGGUCGCAACCUCCAGGAACUUGGUGACAGUGACAAGUACAUCAUAGAGGAUGGGCGCCUCGUCAUCCACAGCCUGGACUACAGCGACCAGGGCAACUACACCUGUGUGGCUGGCACCAAGCUGGACGUGGUGGAGAGCAGGGCAGAGCUCCUGGUGGUGGGGAUCCCCGGGCCGGUGCCUCAGCUGGAGCUGUCUGAUCAUCACCUGUUGAAGCAGAGCCAGGUGCGCCUGUCUUGGAGCCACGCUGAGGACCACAACGCCCCUAUCGAGAAGUAUGACAUUGAAUUUGAGGACAAGGAGAUGGCGCCUGAGAAAUGGUACAGUCUGGGCAAGGUGCCAGGAAACCAGACCUCCACCACCCUCAAGCUGUCACCGUAUGUCCACUACACCUUUAGAGUCACUGCCAUCAACAAAUACGGUCCCGGGGAGCCCAGCCCGGCCUCUGAGACUGUGGUCACACCUGAGGCAGCCCCAGAAAAGAACCCCGUGGACGUGAAAGGGGAAGGGAACGAGACCAACAACAUGGUCAUCACUUGGAAGCCGCUCAAGUGGAUGGACUGGAAUGCCCCCCAGGUUCAGUACCGUGUGCAGUGGCGCCCUCAGGGGACACGGGGGGCCUGGCAGGAACAGAUCGUGAGCGACCCCUUCCUGGUGGUGUCCAACACGUCCACCUUUGUGCCCUAUGAGAUCAAGGUCCAGGCCGUCAACAGCCAGGGCAAGGGCCCUGAGCCCCAGGUCACCAUUGGCUACUCUGGGGAAGACUACCCCCAGGCAAGCCCUGAGCUGGAAGGCAUCAAAAUCCUCAACUCGAGCACCGUGCUGGUCAGGUGGUGGCCUGUGGACCCAGCCCAGGUCAAGGGCCACCUCCGGGGAUACAAUGUGACGUACUGGUGGGAGGGCAGUCAGAGGAAGCACAGCAAGAGGCAUGUCCACAAAGGCCACGUGGUGGUGCCCGCCAACACCACCAGUGCCAUUCUGGGGGGUCUGCGGCCCUACAGCUCCUACCAUCUGGAGGUGCAGGCCUUUAAUGGCCGGGGGCUGGGGCCUGCCAGCGAGAUGACCUUCCGCACCCCAGAAGGAGUGCCCGGCCACCCCGAAGCGCUGCACCUGGAAUGCCAGUCGAACACCAGCCUGCUGUUGCAUUGGCAGCCCCCGCUCAGCCACAAUGGCGUGCUCACUGGCUACGUGCUCUCCUACCACCCUCUGGACAACGGGGGCAAGGAGCAGUUGUCCUUUGACCUUCCGGACCCUGAGCUGCGGUCGCACAACCUGACCAACCUUAGCCCCCAGCUGCGGUACAGCUUCCAGCUGCAGGCUACCACGAAGGAGGGCCCUGGCGAGGCCAUUGUGCAGGAAGGAGGCACCAUGGCCCUAUCCGGGAACCGGAGUUUUGGCAACAUCUCAGCUGUGGCUGGCGAGAAUUACAGCGUGAUCUCCUGGGUCCCCCGGGAGGGCCGGUGCAACUUUGGAUUCCAGAUCUGGUUCAAAGCCUUGGGGGGUGAGCACAAAAGAGGACCCUGGGACGAGAAGAUGGGUGCUCAUCUCCCGCCACAGUACGUCAGCUACAACCAGAGCUCCUACACACAGUGGGACCUGCAGCCUGAUACCCGCUACGAGAUCCGCCUGCUCAAGGAGAGAUUGCUCCUGCACCAGAUGGCUGUGAAGACCAAUGGCACCAGCCACGUAAGACUGCCUCCCGCCAGCUUCACCACCGAGGGCUGGUUCAUCGGCUUUGUCAGCGCCAUCGUUCUCCUGCUCCUAGUCUUGCUCAUCCUCUGCUUCAUCAAGCGCAGCAAGGGCGGCAAGUAUUCAGUGAAGGAUAAAGAGGACACCCAGGUGGACUCUGAGGCCCGGCCGAUGAAGGACGAGACCUUCGGCGAGUACAGUGACAACGAGGAGAAGGCCUUUGGCAGCAGCCAGCCUUCCCUCAACGGAGACAUCAAGCCGCUGGGCAGUGACGACAGCCUAGCCGACUACGGGGGCAGCGUGGAUGUCCAAUUCAAUGAGGACGGCUCCUUUAUUGGCCAGUACAGCGGCAAGAAGGAGAAGGAGGCAGCGGGAGGCAAUGACAGCUCAGGAGCUGCCUCCCCCAUCAACCCUGCAGGGACCUUGGAGUAGGGGGUCCAGCCAGGCAAGGCCAGGCAGGGCACAGCCUGGGGUCGGGCUGCAGGGGAGUCAGGCCAAGACCCCCGAGCCUGGCACCUGUGCUGGGGCCCUGGCCUUAGGACUGAGACCCCUCUCUCUCCACCAGGCUGCAUCCUUGUCCUCUGGUCCUGGGCCUGUGGGAGGCUUCAGUCAGGCACCAGAGGAGAGGAACUCACUGCCUUGGAUCUCCCUCUGAUUACCCUGUCCUCACUUUAUUGCCAAAACCCAGCUGCACCCCUUCUUGGGCACACACUGCUUUGCUCCAGCUUGGGGGCCAAUCACCCACACAUCAGGAGCCUUCAGUUGCUGCCUCACCAGCCUUUGGGCAGAGAGAGGCCAUGGUGGGGGGGGAGUGGGGAUGGCCCCAGAGGGGUCUCCCAGAUGCUGCCUGGUGGGGUCUCCUCAGAACCAGCAUUGGCACCUCCAUCCCCAGCCUGGCUGGGACCAGGGACAGAACUCGGUGUACCCGCCAUCUGCUCCCUUUUCUUUGCCCUGUCUGCACCAACUAGGUGCAGAGGAGGCCAUCUGGAGAGCCCAGAGUCCCCACCUGCCAGUGUCACCUCGGUCAGUACCCCUCCUCCCGCUGCCCACCCCAUCUUGCGGCCGCCUUUCAGGAGCUCCAUACACACGCUGCCUUCAGUACCCACCAGACAACAUCCAAGUGGCCUCUGUCACCGCCAGGUGUGGGGCAGGCACAUUUCCUCCCUGCCAUCCGGUCUGGCCUCUCUCCUGGCCACCACCACACCCCAGGACCCUUUAGAAGCCCGCCAGCCUCCAGUCUCAACAGUUCCCUUCCUCAGCUUCCCCUGCCCCCACCUUGGGAAUGUAAAUACACCUUGACUUUGAAAGUUUGUCCCCUUGCCCUCUCCCCAUUGCCACUAGUGUGUAGGCAGAUGUCUGAGUCUCUAGGUGGUUUCUAGGUUUUAUAGUAAUUAGCUUUGAUGAUCCCAUCCCAGGAAAAAUAAAAAGACAAAAAAAAAAAAAAAAAAGGAAAAAGGAAAGAUUGGUUUUCCCAGCUCUGCUGUGCUCCUGCCUGGCAGCCCCAGUCUCCCUGUAUGCCUUUGCUUGGUCUGUGGAUGAGCCCUUUACAAACAAACAAAAGUAUAUAUAUAUAUGUACAUAAAUAUCAGAAUUAUAACAGGCAAAUAAAAACCUGGAAACAAAGAGAAACUGUUGUCGUUUUACUGA